AUGUCCGUCCUGUGUGGGGCAGGGGAAACGCCCUGAAAAUCUAUCCCGCUAUUCGACACGUGGCUCGGGGAGAAAGCCAUUUCUCGAGGGCAGAUCCCUAGCUCGACUUGGCAAGCCAGACAGUUGUCACAUUCAAGGGAUUAUGCGAGCUAGCAGUAAUAUACAGGGAUAUCUCUCGAUCGGCAGAUUGGUUGGAACCCAUUGUAGGCUAGCAUGCCGUGGAUGUCUGGGGUAGGGGGCGAGAACUGGGGUGAAGUGACUGGGGCCCCACCUUCUGGAAAGGCGCUGCUGAAGAGGCUUGGUGGUUUGCUGGACGAGCCAUUUGAGUUCAGAGCCAAAGGACUUAUGGAGGGAGAUCUGCUAUCUUAACGACGUCUUCUCUUUCUUCAGUUGCGCUUGUUCCGUUGCUUAGCUAUUGUGUCUGAAAAGGUUUCUAUCAUGGCAGAUUUGAAGGUCGAGCAACAUCAAGUGAGGCAUUUGGUGCACAGCCACGCACACGAAGAAGAUAUUCCCGGCACAGUAAACCUGAGGGCCAUCGAGGGUGACGAUACAGCCUACGGACAAGCUCUUUUCCCUGUUCCAGCCGAUGAUCCGAAUGAUCCUCUACAAUGGCCGAAUUGGAAGAAGACGAUGAUUCUUGUCAUCUGUUCUCUUUAUUCUUUUUUGGGCAACUCUGCGUUACUUGGACCCGCAGUUUAUAUCGAGAUCUGGGCCGAGGAGUUCAAAGUCACGCCUGGCGUUUCGUCUGGUUUGAUCUCGUACGCAAAUCUUGCCUUUGGUUUUGGCUCACUUCUCCUCGUUCCGCUUUACUUGAAGAUCGGUAGACGACCUGUCAUGCUGCUAUCUAUGCUCUGUUUCUUAGCAGGUCUGAUAGGGGCUUCUCGAGCAACGAGCUUCAAUGGCUUGAUGGUCGCUCGUGUAUUCCACGGUCUCGGAUCCGGCGUCUGUGAAGCACUCCCUGUACAACUCGUCAAUGAUAUCUUCUUCCUUCACGAGCGUGGCAAUCGUCUAGGUUACUACACCGUCUGUCUCUGUCUUGGAGCUACUGGACCUCUCUACGCCGGAUACAUGCUCGCUGGAGGAUACUCAUGGCGUUUAUUCUUCUACGUCGAGAUCGCUUUUGCUGGUGCUCUAUUCGUCCUUGCCUUCUUGUUUGUGGAAGAGACGACAUAUCACCGCAAGCUACGAGUUUCUCAAGCUCCCAGUGCUGACGAGGUCUCGGAUGAAGGCAAAGGAGGAACGGUUGAGCAACGAGAAAGUCGCCCAGCUUAUAUCCCAGCUCGAAAAUCCUACUUGUCAACGCUCAAACCGUGGGGCAAGAUUGAUCAUGAUGCUCAAUUCUUCCUGACUAUGAUUCGGCCUUUUUCGUACUUUUUCGUUCCAGCUGUCUUCUGGGUCAUCAGCACUUAUGGUAUCUACAUUGGUCUCGGAGCUCUGGCCUUCAACUAUACAUUCCCUAUUAAAAUUGUCGCACCGCCUUACAAUUGGUCACAGACCAGUUCCGGCUUGAUUGCCGUUGGUAAUGCAGUCGGUUAUAUCCUCGCCAUCCCCUUGACCUUCACAUCCGAUCGUCUGGCAGCGUACCUCACACGGAAGAACAACGGCAUCCGAGAAGCCGAAAUGCGUCUCUGGGUUAUCUUCAUCCCCAUGCUCAUCGCCCCUGCUGGCCUGCUGCUCUACGCCUUGACCGCCCAACGCAACCUCCACUGGAUGGGCUACUUCGCUGGUGUUGCCAUGGUAAAUUGGAGCGCGUACUUCUACUUCAGUUUCACGCUGGCAUACGCAGUCGAUUCCUACACCGCUAAUACGUCGGAGAUGCUGAUUGCUAUGAAUCUGGGUAAGCAGGCAAUUAGCUUCGGCAUGGGUCUUUACCUACUGGAUUGGAUUCUGCAGAGAGGGUAUGCGGUGGUUAUUGGAGGCAUUUUCGUGGCGGUGCUGUUGGCGAAUAAUUUGGCGGUCUUCAUAUUUGUGUUCCUUGGGAAGAAGAUCAGGGUGUUGACGAGCAGGACUUGGUUGGGCCGCGUGCAUAGGAAGACUGCUGGACAGGUUAUGGCUGCUUGAGAGAACAGGGGUGAUGACUGCACGUUGGAUUUGGUUGUCUUGGUCAGAUUGACGGAUCCGCAAAUUGUUAAGAAGGGUAGAUCCCUUCGACUUCUCUGUUCCUUAUAAUUGAAAGCAUG